CACUUCCUGCUUCCGGAUCAGCGGGUGGGACUGAGGGAGGCUGGCGGGAGGGGACAGUGGCGGUGGCGAGACCUUCCCCGUCUGAUACUCACCCCGGGGAACGGGCGCCCGCCCCGGUUGGCGAGCGUCCUAUUAGCUAUUCAUUUAUGCAUGCUGAAUAUUCAUGAGCCCUUGUUAAUAAUGUAUUAGGUAGAGGCCGGGUGGGCGCACGUGGCGCGGGCAGCGCCGGGCUGGCACCGCGGGAGGCAGGGCCAGAGCGGGGGGGCGCUGCAGGUGGGUAACGGCGGCGUGACGUGCGGCCUCGCAGAUCCUUCGUGGCCCCCCGCCCCGCUCUCCCAGUGUCAGAAUGUUCCCGUCUCGCUAUUGUACCUGGGCUGCACUUCUAAUCCUUGUGGUCCUGGCCACAAUUGCAAUGGCAGAUCAGGAAGAGAAGCACUGCGACCUGGUUGGGGACAAGGCCACUGAGUCGAAAAGAGAACAGGCCUUGCUGAAGAAGCUGGAACCCCUAAGUGCCAUGAGUUUUGAGAAGAAUGUGAGCUCAAAUCCAGAGGAGAAAUAUACCUACAGGUUUAAGGUGUGCGGAGAGGUCAGCAAGUCUAUGCCUCAAUCAGGCCUGGUACAGAUCAAUUUAAAGGAUCAAAAGCAAACUGUGGUGGGAAGAAUCAAUGAGACACAGGUCUUCAAUGGAAGUGAUUGGAUCAUGCUGAUUUAUAAGGGGGGGGAUUCGUAUGGCAGCCAUUGCCAUGGUGAGAAGAGGAAGGCCAUGAUAAUGAUCUCUUGCAACCGGAAGACUCUAGCAGACGGCUUUACCUUACUAUCAGAAGAGCGGGAAAAGGAGCAGGACUGUUUGUACCUCUUUGAGAUGGACAGCAAGUUGGCCUGCCCACCUGAGGAUUCCCACCUCAGCAUCGGGUCAAUCCUGCUCAUAAUGUUUGCUUCGCUGGUUGCAGUUUAUAUAAUUGGGGGAUUCCUCUACCAGCGCCUGGUAGUGGGAGCAAAAGGCAUGGAGCAGUUCCCCCAUUUUACCUUCUGGCAGGAUCUGGGCAACUUGAUGGCGGAUGGUUGUGAUUUCGUCUGUCGGUCUAAGCCCCAGAAUGCCCCAGCUGCAUACCGUGGUGUGGGUGAUGACCAGUUGGGAGAGGAAUCAGAAGAACGGGAUGACCAUUUGCUACCAAUGUGAUCAGGCUUUAGACAUCUGUCCUUUUCUCUCUGCUCCCUCCCCUCACGUAACCAGGUGUUACCUAACCUCUUCUCCUUUCACAGUCCCCCUCUUAGGUUUUCUUUAAACUAUUUGCUUUUUCCACAGCUGCUAUGUCACCCCCUGCUAUCCAGAAUCCCCCAUUUCAGAGCAGCGCUGGCCCAAGGGCACAUCCUCUGAAUGUAAAGCUGUGAUGGGCUUAAGCGGACUGCUGUGCAGCAGGGGAGAAUAGUAUUUAUUCAGAGUUCUGCGUGGCUAUGAGAUGAAAAUAAUGCUUCUCCAGCAUUCCGUGCCUGGCAGGCCUGGGAGUUCCCUUAGUAAGGUCUAGGGAGAAACUUGGGGUGGGGAUCAUGACGUAGAAACAGCUAAAAUUAGGGGGCGCACUUCUGUGUUCCCUCUAAAGUUUAUUCAGUCUGAGAGACACUGGAUUUUUUUAAUUAUUUAAAUGCACUUUCUGCUUUCUUCGCUUCUGCGCUGUGACACAAGCAAAGCAUUCGCUGCCCGCCUUCUCCCUCUGCCCAGUGUAAUCACUGCAGGGAUCGCUUCACUCUAACCAGAUCUUGAGCAGGGCUGGAGCAAGCCACAGCCAGCUUGCAAUCUUUCCUUUUCCUGAACAGUGCAGGUCAAUUUCUUUCAGCUACCACAAAGAGCAGUUACCAAAUAACCUUUGUUGAAUUAAACGGGGGAGGUGGUGCUGAAGAAUGGGGUCAAUGACUCUUUUGUAUUGAAAAGGGACAAGGAAAAUAGUCUCUCUUUAAACCACCCCUCUUGUUGCUGGGAAGCCAAAUAUCAUGACAUGCUGCUGAGCAAGAACCUGAAAAUGAAACAGACUCCCAGGUCAAAGACAGGUACCUAAAGACAGCAGUGUCAUGUGAUUUCUGUUGCAAGCUUUCCCUAAGUAGAGUGUGGCUAGAGAGUCUUUAAAGUAGUGAUCCUUACUAUGUCCUGCUAAGAAACAAUGGUGUAAGUUAGUACGGAAAUUGCUUUGCUGUGAAAUAGUCUAGACUUAAAUUUUAAGAAGGGAACACCUUUGUGAGAGCAGUGCUGUACCCAAUGCUGACUCCAGGUAACUCUCUGGCAGUUACAUAAAAAGCAAUCUAGUGAGGAAUACAGGCCAAGCCUGUAUGUUCCAAUGUAGCACUGCUUCCCUAGUGGGUGAGCUGUUAAAUUCACUCAAGCUGUAGGGGUGGGACAGGUCAGCUUUGCCUGUGGGUUGUAUCCAUCCCUGCUCAGUUGUGCCACAAUGAUGGUGCUUCUGUGGCCCCUGCUGGUUGGGGAAGUGAGAGCUGCAGUUUUCUAUGACUUUGGAAUGGCUCCCAUUUGAAAACCAGCAGCUACAGGUAAACAUAGGACUCAUGAAAUACCUUGAUUUUGUUGGAGGGGGGAGGUAGCCUCUGCCAGUGAAUGAGCCAAGCCCCUUUCCCAUUGGAGUGGUUGGCAGAGAGCUCUCUCCUAGGGGACCCAGUUGAACUGAUUGAGAGAAAGUGGUAGAGUGGGGGGAAGAAAGGACUUCAGCAAGCAGGAUGAGACGUGCUCCCUAUUCUCUUGGUAGGGCAGAUAGAGUUUGAGGGGCAGAAAGUAUUUUGUUUGAUUACUGUGGCUUUUGGCUGGGCUUGAAGCAGGCAAAUGUACUUCCUCUUUUGUUUAGCAUUUGUUACUUUCACUAAAUCUUUUCAUAAGAUGGGGAAAUAGGAAGUCACUGAACUUGUUCUGUUACCGGUUUUCAUGGUGGUGUUUAAAUAAAAUGCACAUUUUUGUACAAAAACACAACUUUAAAAAUAAAAUGACCCAAAAAUA